UUAUGGCACCGGGAAGAGAUAUUGAUCGAAUGUUAAAUUUUCAAUCAAUUUUUCUAUUAACUCCAAAUUGUUUAUUAAGUUUAAAAGUGUUUUUACAUUAUAAAUUAUAUUUAUACAACAGUAUAAAAAAAUUUUCAUCAAAGUUUCUUCCAGGAAUUCAGCGGAUAAAUGAAUACUUCAAAAGACACAUUGGAUGAUGAUCAAGAUCCAGAAUAUGAAAGUUCAUUGCCGAAUGAUGAAACAAAACAAAAAGCUUUUGAGGAAAGUGCACGGGCAACAACAGCAAAAAAAAUAAUUGACAUUGUUGAAAAAGAAUUCUCCAAUGAAAUUGAUGAAAAAGAAAAGGAAGUUCUACAAAUACAAAAUCGUCUUGAUGAAGCAUUGAGAAUUUUACAUCUUUUACGUUAUGCAGUUGUAACUGAUUUUUAUAAUCGUAAACAAUGUCAAGCAUUGCAUUUUAAUGAUACAAAACAAACAAGAAUUCAUCCAGCGGUGAAAAAACUUUUAGGCAAAUCACCAGCAGUGAAAAAAAGUCAAUUUAUUGAUAUUACAUCAAUACCAUCGACAUCAACGGAUCCACGUUUUCUUAUUCCUGAAUUAAUUCCAUCGACAUCAAAAUUAAUAACAGACGAUAUUGUAAAUUUAGAAAAUAAUUUACAAGAAAAAAUAAAUUCAAAACGAUUAAAUUCUGAAUUAAUUUUAAAUGAAACGCCAAAAAAAAUACCCCGCUAUGUACCACCAAAAUUAUCAAUACCAGAAACAUCAGGUCCAUCUAGAGGUCAUAGAAAUAAAAUUCGUAAACGAAUUAUCGUUGGUAAUAUUUCUAAAUGGAUUCCACCUGAAUGGAGGGAAGAUAAAACUAGUCACAAAUGGACUGUUUAUGUAAGAGGCAGUAAAGAAGAAGCUGAUAUUGGAAAUUUUGUUAGUAAAGUUCGUUUUCUACUUGAUCCAAGUUAUCGACCCAAUGAUGUUGUGGAAAUUACAUCGUCGCCAUUUCAUUUAUCAAGACGUGGUUGGGGCGAAUUUCCCCUUAGAGUUCAAUUACAUUUUAAAAAUACUUUAAACAAACCAAUUGACAUUAUUCAUCCCCUGAAACUUGAUCGCACAUUCACUGGUCUUCAAACUUUAGGUUCAGAAACACUAGUUGAUAUUUGGCUUCAAACUAAUGAACCACGUUCAUUGGCCACAUUAAAUGAGACUGAAAAUUAUAAAUCAGAUACAGAAUUAAUUAACGGUGGGGAAAAUAUUGAAAAUGCAUUGAAUCAAGAAGCAAAUUUAACAAUAAAACACGAAUCUCCAAAAGAUCAAUUUUCAUUAAAAUUCUCUCAUCUAAUUGAUCAUGAUUAUUGUAAAUAUAACACGACAGAUGAUGAUGAUAAUAAUAAAAUAAUUAAAAAUAGAUCAUUUAAUUCUAAUGAGAAAAUUCUUCUCAAUGGUCAAACAUGUAAUUCAUCAACAAUUUUAAUGAAAAAUAAUAUUGAAAAUUUAGCAAAUACUUUAAAAGAUAAAUCGGAAAUAAUGGAACCAUUAGAAAUUUCCAUACCCAAUGCAUUUGAAUCAAUAAAUAAUAAAAAGCAAAUUUUAAUACUCAAAAAUAAUGACAUUGUACCUGUGAAUAUUGAUCAAAAAUCAAAAAUUUUAAUUGAUCCCAUGACUAUAAAGAAGAAAAUAAAUAAUUUUAAUAAUAAAUCUGAUGAUGGAAAAUGUAAAAUAAAUGAAAAAACAAAAUUAAUUAAAAUAAAUCCUGUUAAUAGUAUUUUAUUAACGGGUAAUUAUAGUGAACCAGCAUUAAGAAUUGUUGAUCCAAUAACAAAUGUUAUUGAAACACAAAUAAUACGAAGUUUUGAUUUGCGAAUUGGUUCAAAAUCAGAUGUUAAUUUACAAAAUAAUACAAAAACAAUAAUAAAACCAAAAGUAAUUUUGGGAAAAUUCAAAAUGAAUAAGGAAAUUUACGAUGGAAUAAUGAGAUCAAUUGAUGAUGUACGAUUGACAGAUACUUUAAGUAUUCUUCAAUUUAUAAUUCAUCGUUUGCCUCUUGUAAGUGAAAAAGUAUCGGAUCCAGAAUAUAGAAGAUUGUAUCCAUUUACUUGUAAAAGUAGAGAAGAAUUUUUAAGUUACAAUAUUGGAAAACAAAGAGCGUUGGAGUGGCAACGAGCAAAAACAGUGAGAAUGUUUUUAAAACGAAAAGUAUCAACAGAAGAAUUAUGGAGUAUUAAGGAAAUUAUUAUUUGGGCUAGAAGACACGCUUAUACUCCAAUGUCAUUGAUUUUUAAUUCCGAAAAAGCUUUAGUUGAUAAAACAAAUUUGAAUUCUGAUAUAAAUACUUUCUCCACCUACACAAAAUCAAUUGAUCUUCAUAAAUGGCUUUCUGAGACAAAUAAAAGUAAUGAGGAAAAUAAUUGCGACGAAUCGGAUGAAGAAAUUGACAUUAUUUCAGAAACAAAGCCAAGUGAUAAUUCAAAAAUUGAAAACGAUGAAAUAUCAUCGGAUGCUGUGAUUUUGGAAAUGCCAUCCGAAUCAGAAUCACUUUUUAUUUAUGUUAACGAAACUGCCCAAAAUAUAGGAAUUAAAUUAACGGACGAGGAAAUUAUUCCAGGUGUUCGACAUUAUUCUGGAAGUCGUAUGAUUAUGCGGGCAGUUGAAUGUUUUGUGGAUAAUCUCGUUAGAUUGUCCCACGCAACAGCGUUAGAUAGAUUAGAAAAUAAAAAUAGCUACGUGGAUACGUUAAAUUUGGAAGAUGUGAGACAAGCACUUUUUAAACGUGAAGAAUUUGAUCUGUUUACAAAUGCAGGAUUGGGAAAUAUGUCGAUUGAUGAGGAAUAAAAAACACAAUUUACGAUAAAAAUCGAUUUUAAACAAGAAAAAGAGAAAUUUUAAAUUACUUCUUUGUUUUAAAAAAUAUUGUAAUAAUUUUCUUUUUUGUGUUUGUAUAAUUUAUUUGAUCGAUAGAAAUGAGGUAAAAAUAAUAAUCGAUAUAUUUAAUUUUAAUGUUCGCUCUUCC